CGGCUGGGCAGGAUUCCGGACAACGCCUGGUUCCUCUCGGGUCCUUCCGGCGUCGCCGGAGUGAAUUGAUCCGGGAGUUGAAGAGGGCUCCAAAGGUGGGAAGUGAAGUCCGUGCCUCAGUUGCCGAUUGCUGUUCUUUUUUGUGUACCAUUCUUUAUCAUAUAUACAUAGAAAAGGAAGAAAUUCUGCAGUGAAUGAAGAUUCCUUUGCAUUUAGCAUUGCUUUUUCUACUGUAGUUGGCUUUUGAAUGAGGAUGACAAUGGAAGAGAUGAAGAAUGAAGCUGAGACCACUUCCAUGGUUUCUAUGCCUCUCUAUGCAGUUAUGUAUCCUGUGUUUAAUGAGCUAGAACGAGUAAAUUUGUCUGCAGCUCAGACCCUGAGAGCCGCUUUCAUUAAGGCUGAAAAGGAAAAUCCAGGCCUCACACAAGACAUCAUUAUGAAAAUAUUAGAGAAAAAAAGUGUAGAAGUUAACUUCACAGAGUCCCUUCUUCGUAUGGCAGCUGACGAUGUAGAAGAGUACAUGAUUGAACGACCAGAGCCAGAAUUCCAGGAUCUAAAUGAAAAGGCACGGGCACUUAAACAGAUUCUCAGUAAGAUCCCAGACGAGAUCAAUGACAGAGUGAGGUUUCUACAGACAAUCAAGGAUAUAGCUAGUGCAAUAAAAGAACUACUUGAUACAGUGAAUAAUGUCUUCAAGAAAUAUCAAUACCAGAACCGCAGGGCACUUGAACACCAAAAGAAAGAAUUUGUAAAGUACUCCAAAAGUUUCAGUGACACUCUGAAGACAUAUUUUAAAGAUGGCAAGGCAAUAAAUGUGUUCAUAAGUGCCAACCGGCUAAUUCAUCAAACCAACUUGAUACUUCAGACCUUCAAAACUGUGGCCUGAAAGUUGUAUAUGUUAAGAGAUGUACUUCUCAGUGGCAGUAUUAAACUGCAUUUAUCUGUAAAUUUUAAAGUUUGACUGUAUAAAUUAUCAGUCCCUCCUGAAGGGAUCUAAUCCAGGAUGUUGAAUGGGAUUAUUGCCAUCUUACACCAUAUUUUUGUAAAAUGUAGCUUAAUCAUAAUCUCACACUGAAGAUUUUGCAUCACUUUUGCUAUUAUCAUUCUUUUAAGAAUUAUAAGCCAAAAGAAUUUACGCCUUAAUGUGUCAUUAUAUAACAUUCCUUACAAGAACUGUAAAUAUUGGUGUUUGUUUCUGACAUUUUAACUUGAAAGCGAUAUGCUGCAAGAUAAUGUAUUUAACAAUAUUUGGUGGCAAAUAUUCAAUAAAUAGUUUACAUCUGUUAAACAUUUCUUUACUUGAAAAAGAAGGAUGCAUAUAUAUAUGUGUGUGUAUAUAUGAUCAGAAGACCAAGACAACUUGGUCUAAUGUUAAAUCUUCUAAUGGGAGCUUACUAGCAGUUUAUCAAAUAAUAAAGCAACAAGAAUUCC